AUGGUGCUUUCCUGCCUGCCGUGUUGCUCGAAAGGCGACGAAACGGAGGACAGAGAGAAUCUCAUUGAAAAUGAACCAAACGAUGAUCUCAAACCAAAAAAGCGAGCUUCACUCCGGGAAUUUUAUCAUUUCGCUUCAUGGCUCGACAUAUUCUUGACAAUUUUUGGUAUUUGUUUAUCGCUAUGCUCGGGAAUGGGAUACCCUUUGAUGUCGACAGUGCUCGGAAGGAUCUCACAAGCAAUGAUCAACUAUGAUUUUAUAAGAAAAAAUGAAACAAUUGGCCCGGAAGAUCUGCAAGAAGCAAAGGAAAUUCUCAAUGUGAAGAUCUCGGCGUGCUGCUGGGAUUUCGCGUAUAUCGCCGGCGCGUGGAUGAUAUUAUCGUUCUUUCAGUGCAACUUUAGUGACGGUGAUGUGACGAAAUCGGCGGCGGCUAUCGACUCGUUUGAGGAUUUGGUGAAACGAGGAACAGAAGGAAUUGGCGUCGAUUUGAUGAUGACCGAUGGAGGAUUUUGUGUUGCUCGGCGAAAGAAUAUACAGGAAAUCUCUCGGAACGAAUCUACUUGUGCCAAUUGCUCGUCUCGUUGUGCAUCGUACCCCGAUGAUAUCAGCAAGCUAUCCGAGCAUCUAAAUCCAAUCACCGCGGAAUUUAUUCACGACGAAGUGAAUAAUGCCUAUUUCAAGUUCAACAACUUCGAGUUUGAAAGGUUUGAUGACAACUUCAUUGCGGACAGUUGGAAAAAUGAUAAAUUUCGGCAAAAGUCUGUAACUUAUACACUCCGGUUGCCUUACAAAAACGUGAGACGGAUAGAUUUGGAAGCGAUCGACUAUGUGAAACAUGAUAGAGAUAACUACAUUCAAAUAUUAAAGCAGGCUGCUAAAGAUGAUCAAGAUGAUCUGUUUAAAUUGCGCGAUAUU